AUCAGAUUUUUACCACAGGUUUAGCCGUGAGCCAGUUGUCCAGAUACUCUAGCCUAUGAUCAACCAGACAAAAACUUUGGCCAGUCAAAGCUACAGACAGUGCUCCAACCUGCCCAAGGUGUCAGAUACAGUGCUGCUGGAGGCAUACUGUCCAACUGAAUGACCCUUUCCCACCCCAGGGCCAUCAUUACCUGUGCAAGCCUGAGCACACACAUCAGAAGUGAGGGACUUCCUCUACCGAUCUUUGGUGUUGGGACCCUGGAAGACUUCAGAGGCUGAGAGAUAUAGGAUAAGUACAGCAGUCCAGCAGCUCUAACCACUUCUUCUAAAGAUUACGAACAGUAUUUUAGCGGCCAUGGGGAGUCCAGACUCUGACAGAGUGGGAAGUACCACACAAAUCCCCUUCUACUCCAGUACCCCCCACACUGCCAUGCUCAGGGCAUUGGAGGAUGAAGAGGAGGACGUCAAACCGCCCCGUGGCCUGCCGGGGGCGCCGGAGCGCAGCUGGCAGGGAGUCUACUGGGAUGUGCUGUUGAAUGAUGACAGCUCCUGGCGACUGAAGGCCACAACACCCUGCUCACUACCAGCAUGUAGGGCCCCAGAGCAGCGUCCAGUGGUCAACAGCCAGGCCCAGGCCAUAGGCUCUUCUGCUGGGCUGGAGGGCCAGCUGGAGGAGCGCUCUCUGGAGCAGGUCCAGACCAUGGUGGUAGGAGAGGUCAUCAAGGACAUAGAGACUGCUUGCAAACUACUCAACAUCACCCCAGAGCCCAUGGAGUGGAGCAGUGGGCACGUGCAGAAGUGGCUGCUGUGGACGGAGCACCUCUACAGACUCCCCCAGGUGGGCAGGCAGUACCAGGAGCUCAGCGGGAGAGACCUGUGCUCCAUGACCGAGGAGGACUUCAGGCAGCGCUCGCUGCAGUGUGGAGAUAUGCUGUACGCUCAUCUGGACAUCUGGAGAUCAGCUGCAUGCAUGAAGGAACGCUUCUCAACCGGAAAUGACAGGAUCAAUGGUGCAGACGAGCAGUGUCCUGAGGCAGGCUCAUGCUGCUCCAGCCAGCCCAUCCACCUGUGGCAGUUCCUGCGGGAGCUGCUCCUCAAGCCACACAACUACGGACACUCCAUCCGCUGGCUCAACAAGGAGAAAGGAAUCUUCAAAAUCGAGGACUCUGCUCAUGUGGCCCGGUUAUGGGGAAUCCGGAAGAACCGUCCAGCCAUGAACUAUGAUAAGCUGAGUCGCUCCAUACGACAGUACUACAAGAAGGGCAUCAUACGUAAGCCAGACGUCUCUCAGAGGCUGGUGUACCAGUUUGUUAAACCUGUAUGAUGUUGGGACCAGGUUAUCGGAGGAGGGAGGCUUUGAUGAGAGCAAAAUAGACAAGCCAAACAGACUGGGUCUGGUAAGACUCUGG